AACAGCCGGAAGGGGAGGAGCUGAGGCGGCGGCGGCUGAGGCGGCAGCGGUGGCGGCGGCUCCGGAGGCCGCAGUCCGCUUCCCGGCUUCGGCCCGUGCCGCACCAUGGUGACGCUCGCAGAGCUGCUGGUGCUGCUGGCCGCGCUGCUGGCCACGGCCUCGGGCUACUUCGUCAGCAUCGACGCACACGCCGAGGAGUGCUUCUUCGAGCGGGUCACCUCGGGCACCAAGAUGGGCCUUAUCUUCGAGGUGGCGGAGGGCGGCUUCCUGGACAUCGACGUGGAGAUCACAGGACCAGAUAAUAAAGGAAUCUAUAAAGGAGACCGAGAGUCCAGCGGGAAGUACACGUUCGCAGCCCACAUGGAUGGGACCUACAAGUUCUGCUUUAGUAAUAGGAUGUCCACCAUGACUCCAAAGAUAGUUAUGUUCACCAUUGACAUUGGGGAGGCUCCCAAAGGACAAGACAUGGAGACAGAAGGUGGUGGAGACUCCUGGGAUGCUCAUCAGAACAAGCUAGAAGAAAUGAUUAAUGAACUGGCAGUGGCAAUGACAGCGGUAAAGCAUGAACAGGAGUACAUGGAAGUCCGGGAGAGAAUACACAGAGCCAUCAACGACAACACAAACAGCAGAGUGGUCCUUUGGUCCUUCUUCGAAGCUCUUGUUCUAGUUGCCAUGACAUUGGGACAGAUCUACUACCUGAAGAGAUUUUUUGAAGUCCGGAGGGUUGUUUAAAAGACCUUUUCCUGUUGAUCCCAAAUUCACAAUUCACUUGUUUACCAAACACCUUGGUCAUAAUAAUGUCAUUAGUUUAUACAUUUUUGUUUUUGAAUGUUCAUGACUUAUGUUUCUUUGUGAUUAAUUGGUGUGGGGUAACCUGUUUAGGAAAGUUAGAGUGGAAAUUUGACAUUUGAUUGGCCUUUAAUUCUUACUUGAAUGCUGCCCCAUUAUACAAGUCCUUCCAAGAGUUCAGGGGCUAUUAAUGCUGUUUGGGACUAUGGUCUUUAUUAUGCUUCCUUAUACUUUGGUUUUUAUAAUAAAACGCAGUUUGUUCCGGAAGCACCCCACAGCCUGACUGCAUUCUAGGGAGUCCCUCAUCUGUAGUUCAUUAUCAGGUGUCCAUUUUGUUGAGUCAAUACAUCAACAAUAAACUGAAAUUGACCCUUCUGGCCCCAGCUCAGGGCAGAGCAACCUGUGGUGGGGUAUAUUACCAUGUGGGCACUCAUACUUUCUUUUGAGGUUGCUUAAACUAAAGACUUAUCCCAGCACUUUGCCCCAAACGUUUUAUAUUGAACCUUGGAAUUCAAUCACCUCUAUUUGAAUUGACACAAGCAGCCGAGAACGUAGAAGUCUGUUGGAGCCAGUUUUUUGGGUGUUGGGACAGACUGCUCUCCCUCUGUACCACAUCUCUGUUCGUGUUGGCACUUAGGAGGAGCGAGUUUGCUCAAGUGGAAGCCUGCAUUUCUCAUGCCAAAGGGUUAAGCCUCUUGGAUUGCUUGCAGUGAUAGGCAGCCACUGUUGUCCUUUUAGUCAGUGGCCUUGAGGCCCUGGUUCAGUGUCAGCACUAGGGUUUUGUUUGUUCUCUGGUGUCUUUCUUUUUUGGCACAUGUCAGUUUUGUUUAUAGAAAAUUAAGAGGCUUUCUCUCUGAUGAUGGGUUUCAUGAACGUCGCUCUGCUUUGGGUGUGGGCGAUCCAGGAUUAUGUGCUGACUGAUGUCUGGUAGCUACCUGGAGAUUUUAAUUUUCCAUUUUGGAUCUUGCAAGGGGAAAACUACAAGUAAUAAGUUUUGUAAAAUUUAUUUAAAUUUGUUAUAAGUUUUCAUGUUCAGGACAAAUAAUUUUUCAACCCCGAUGACUAUCCUUGCAACAGUCUGUUGAUAAGGUGACUCUUUCACCGUAGGGCAGCUGUUGCAUGCCAAUUUUUUUUGUGCGUGUGUGUGUGAAAACACUUCAGAAUUGAAUUAAAAGAUAUAAAUUUAAAAUUGGUUGUGUAUCUAAUAUGCCCCAGGUUCAGUAAAUAAACAAUUCUUUUUAAAAACCGUCAA